AUGUCUGUGAUCGCACGCCUCAGAGUGAUCGCACGCCUUCGAUUCCAUUACAACCGUCCGUUCGAAUCCGCAACCACUCUACAAUACAACUACGAUGACAAAGAAGAGUUCGAGUAUAACGCACCACGUGGCAUGCUUGACACGAAAGGCUCGGCGCCGGAGUGUGGAGUUCAGUGGGUUAUGAUUGGUGAACUUGGAGCUAAGAGAAACAUAUUCACGGAAAGACUCUCGAAGCUUCUAGAAGUUCCGCACAUUUCCAUGGCAUCGCUUCUUCAUCAAGAACUCAACCCUCAGUUCUUCUCUGUUAAGGCUUUCAAUGGAAGGGAUUAUGUUUAUUUGGAGGAUUGGGAUUCUACUUUGGUUGUUACUGCAAGAGAAACUAGGCUGGCGCAGGAAGGAGUUAUUGCAAACAUGAAACCAAGCAUGGAUAAGAAGGUGAAGAUUUCAAAAGAUGGAAACUGGUAUAGGAAAUGA